GAGAUGGUUGAGUCCUCCUCAAGGUUGCUACUGCCGUGCUAUCCUAAAAUCCACUGUUCACUUUUAGCUGUGUUCUCAGCGUCAGACAUAGCACGGCGGACUGCUGUCCCUGACUAUAAAAGGAAUACUUACCAAGCUGAAUAUAUGUUUAGUUGUAAAUAUGAAAGCUGUGCAUAGAGACGGACACGACGAGGAAUCUAUCGAACUAACGGACAUUAUCAACCGACAAUGCGUUAAAUGCGCCCGUGCGGACUUUGUUCGAUCUAGAACCAUGAGGAUUAGAACUGGAAUUAUAAUUUGGAAUAUUAUAUUUUCAAUGAUAUUCUCGUGUGCGAAAGGUUUCAUUCACACGUGCGGAGGGACAUUAAAAGGAAAGAAUGGCACUAUAGAAAGUCCUGGUUUCCCAUAUGGAUAUCCUAAUGGUGCUAACUGCACAUGGGUAAUCGUCGCAGAGGAGAACAACAGGAUCCAUAUCGUUUUUCAAUCUUUCGCGGUCGAGGAGGAAUAUGACUUUUUAUCUUUGUACGACGGACACCCGCAUCCAACACACUUCCGGACGAGGUUAACAGGAUUUCAGAUUCCACCUCCGGUCACGAGUACGGGCUCCAUAUUUUCACUACGGCUCACCAGUGACUUUGCAGUGAGCGCUCACGGAUUUAAAAUUGCAUACGAAGAGUUACAGAACCGAGCCUGCGGGAACCCGGGGGUUCCCCCUAAAGGCAUUCUGAAUGGGACGCAGUUCAGCGUCGGGGACAAGAUCCGCUACAGGUGUGUGACGGGCUACGUGUUGGAUGGACACUCGCUUCUCACCUGCGUCCUCGGCGCCGCCAACAUGGCCGCCUGGGACUUCCCGGUCCCCAUCUGCAGAGCUGAGGACACGUGCGGCGAUACGCUGAGGGGCUCCAGCGGGAUCAUCUCCAGCCCCGAGUUCCCCAGUGACCUGGUCAACGCUGGGGAGUGUAAGUGGACUCUACUGGCCGACCCCGGUGACACCAUAUCCUUGGUCUUCACCGACUUCCAGAUGGAUGAGAAACAUGACUAUCUGGAGGUCGAGGGCUCGGAGCCGCCAUCCAUUUGGUUAUCUGGGACCAACAUACCAGCACCUAUCAUCAGCAACAAGAAUUGGCUGCGACUCCAUUUUGUGACGGAUAGCAACCACCGACAUAAAGGGUUUAGAGCUCAGUAUCAAGUGAAAAGCUCUGGAGAGCUGAAAUCCAGAGGGGUAAAGUUAUUACCGGGAAAGGACAACAAUAACAAGCUCUCUUUGAUGAAUGAAGGAGGAAUUAAACAGGUGUCCAAUUAUUGCCCUGACCCGGGUGAACCCGAGAAUGGGAAACGCAGCGGCUCUGACUUCAGUAUUGGAGCCAUGGCUCAGUUCACCUGUGAUGAAGACCACGUGCUGCAGGGAUCCAAAACCAUCACCUGCCAGAGGGUGGCGGAGGUGUUCGCUGCCUGGAGUGACCAUAGACCUGUCUGCAAAGUGAAAACAUGCGGCUCGAAUCUCCAGGGUCCUUCUGGGACCUUCACGUCGCCCAACUUCCCCAUCCAGUAUGAGAGCAACUCCCAGUGCUUGUGGAUCAUCACCGCCGGUGACCCCAAUAAGGUAAUCCAGAUAAACUUUGAGGAGUUUGACCUGGAGAUUGGAUACGACUCCUUAACCAUAGGAGAUGGAGGAGAGGUUGGAGACUCAGCGACCAUUAUACAAGUGCUGACAGGCAGCUUCGUGCCUGACCUUAUUGUCAGCAUGUCCCAUCAAAUGUGGCUGCACCUCCAGUCUGAUGAGAGCGUGGGCUCUAUCGGCUUCAAGAUCAACUACAAAGAGAUUGAUAAGGAGAGUUGCGGAGACCCAGGUACGCCCCUGUAUGGAUUCCAGGAGGGCACCGGGUUCCUGAAUGGCAACGUGCUGCGCUUCGAGUGCCAGUUUGGCUUUGAGCUGAUUGGAGAGCGGAUGAUUACGUGUCAGAACAACAACCAAUGGUCAGCUAACAUCCCCAUCUGCAUAUUUCCGUGUUUCUCCAACUUCACGGCAGCCAUGGGGACCGUGCUGUCCCCAGACUACCCAGAAGGCUACGGGAACAACCUUAACUGUGUGUGGCUGAUCAUCUCGGAGCCUGGCAGCCGAAUCCACCUGUCCUUCAAUGACUUUGACCUGGAGCCUCCAUAUGACUUCCUCACUGUGAAGGACGGAGAGCAGACAGCUUCGACGGUCCUGGGCAGGUUCUCGGGAGCAGAGGUUCCCUCUCAUCUCACCUCCAACACCAAUGUGCUGCAGCUGGAAUUUGAGGCGGAUCACUCCAUGUCAGGACGUGGCUUCAACAUCACCUACAACACAUUCGGCCACAAUGAGUGUCCUGACCCGGGUGUCCCUCUGAAUGCCAGGCGGUUCGGGGACAGUUUCCAGCUGGGCAGCACCAUCUCAGUGGUGUGUGAAGAGGGCUUCAUCAAGACCCAGGGCUCCGACACCAUAACCUGCCAACUGGAGGGCGGCAAGGUCAUGUGGAGUGGACCCAUCCCAAAAUGUGAAGCUCCCUGCGGGGGCCACUACUCCGCCCCGUCCGGGGUGAUCUUGUCGCCCGGCUGGCCCGGCUACUACAAGGACUCCCUCAGCUGUGAGUGGGUCAUCGAGGCCGCGCCCGGACGCUCCGUCAAGAUCAGCUUUGACAGGUUUCAGACAGAGCUCAGCUACGACUUUCUGGAGGUGCAUGAUGGUCCUAACCUGCUCUCCCCUCUGAUUGGUUCGUUCAACGGGACACAGGUCCCCCAGUUCCUUUUCAGCAGCAGUAACUUCAUAUACUUCCUGUUCACCACCGACAACAGCAGAUCCAACAGCGGCUUCAAGAUCUUCUAUGAAAUCGUGACGCUGGACACCUCUUCGUGCAUGGACCCCGGGAUCCCGGUGAACGGCGUGCGGCACGGCCACGACCUGGCCAUCGGCGCCACGGUGACCUUCCAGUGUGACCCGGGUUACCGGCUCAGCCACGAGGAACCGCUGGUCUGCGAGAAGAGCCACUGGUGGAGCCACCUGCUACCGACGUGUGACGCAUCGUGCGGUGGGGAUGUGAGAGGACCCAGUGGAACUAUCCUGUCCCCUGGCUUUCCAGAACUCUACCCCAGCUCCCUUAACUGCACAUGGACAGUGGAGGUCAGACAUGGAAAAGGGGUCCAGUUCACAUUUCAUUCCUUUCAUCUGGAGGAUCACCAUGACUACCUACUAAUCACUGAAAAUGGCAGCUUCACCCUGCCUUUGGCUAGGCUCACGGGCUCCGAGCGGCCCGUCGCCGUCAACGCAGGUCUCUAUGGGAAUUUUAAGGCCCAGCUGCGCUUCAUCUCCGACUUCUCUAUAUCCUUUCAAGGAUUCAACAUCUCCUUCUCAGAGUAUGAUCUGGAGCCAUGCGAGGACCCUGGGACUCCGAGGUUCGGCUGGCACACCGGCACCAGCUUUGGGAUCGGGGACUCGCUGAUGUUCUCUUGCAACACGGGCUAUCGCCUACAGGGGGCGCGGGAGAUCUGGUGCCUGGGAGGAGGUCGCAGGAUGUGGAGUGCUCCUCUGCCAAGGUGUGUGGCGGAGUGUGGCUCAGCGGUCUCAAACAGUGAAGGAGUCCUGUUGUCGCCAAACUUCCCAUUGAACUAUGACAACAGCCACGAGUGUGUGUACAGCAUUCAGGUGGAGACCGGCAAGGGCAUCAACAUCUCUGCAAGCACCUUCCAACUGGCACAGGGAGAUAUCCUCAAGGUAUACGACGGUGGGGACAGCGCUGCCCCGAUCCUGGGGAGCUACACGGGCUCCUCCAUGCUAGGCCUGGCCCUCUCCUCCACCUCCAACCUCCUCUGGUUGGAGUUUUACUCAGACCAGGAGCACACUGCGGGAGGUUUCAGCCUCAGAUACUCCAGCUUUGAGCUGUCUCACUGCGAGGACCCUGGCGUGCCUCAGUUCGGGUUCAAAGCCAGCGACCAGGGGCACUUUGCCGGCAGCGCCAUCACGUACGGCUGUGACCGGGGUUACACCCUGCACGGGAAUGCCAUACUGAAGUGCAUGACCCAGGAGAGGAGGGCAUGGGACAACCAACUUCCCUCAUGCAUAGCGGAGUGUGGCGGCAGGUUCAAAGGCGAGACUGCGGGUCGUAUCCUGUCUCCUGGGUACCCCUUCCCUUAUGACAACAAUCUUCGAUGCACCUGGACCAUCUCCGUUGACUCGGGCAACAUCGUCAGCCUUCAGUUCCUGGCUUUCGACACGGAGGCGUCUCACGACAUCCUGAAGGUGUGGGAUGGUCCCCCGGAGAAUGACAUGUCUCUACGGGAGGUGUCGGGGUCCCUGCUCCCCCAGGGGAUCCACAGCACCCUCAACGUGGUCACCAUCCAGUUCGAGACCGACUUCUACAUCACCAAGUCAGGCUUCGCCAUUGAGUUCUCAAGCUCCGUGGCGACAGCAUGCAGAGAUCCGGGAAUGCCCAUGAACGGCAGUCGUAACGGGGACGGCCGGGAGCCCGGUGAUACUGUGACCUUCUCCUGUGACCCGGGCUAUGAGCUCCAGGGGGAGAACAAGAUCACCUGCAUCCAGGUCACCAACAGAUACUACUGGCAACCCAGCCCGCCAAGCUGCAUUGCUCCAUGUGGGGGAAAUGUGACAGGAUCAUCAGGAUUCAUCCUAUCACCGAAUUUCCCCCUUCCCUACCCUCACAGCAAGGACUGUGAUUGGCUGAUCACUGUCCACUCAGACUAUGUCAUAUCCCUGGCUUUUAUCAGUUUCAGCAUUGAGCCGAACUACGACUUCCUGUACAUAUAUGAUGGACCAGACAGCAGCAGUCAUCUGAUUGGUAGUUUUCAAGACAGCAAGCUUCCAGAGAAGAUAGAAAGCAGUGCUAACUUCAUGCACCUAGCCUUCCGUAGCGAUGGCUCCGUCAGCUACACAGGCUUCCACCUGGAGUAUAAAGCUAAACUGCGCGAGGCCUGCUUUGACCCGGGCAGCGUUAUGAAUGGAACACGCCUGGGCAGUGACUACAAGCUGGCUUCCACAGUGACGUUCAGCUGUGAGGCUGGGUAUCUCUUACAGGGACACUCCACGCUGACCUGCAUCAUGGGAAACAGCAAGAGGCCUGAAUGGGACCGAGCUAAGCCCAGCUGUCAAGCCCCGUGUGGAGGACGCUCGACAGGGUCGGAGGGGACCGUCUUGUCCCCAAACUACCCCCAUAAUUAUACCCAGAGCCUUACCUGCGUUUAUGACAUCUAUGUCCCUGGGGACUUCGUGUUAUUUGGUCAGUUUGUGGUGUUCCAGACGUUGGUGGAUGAUGUUGUGGAGAUCUACGAUGGGCCAACUCCAGAUUCCCCUCUACUCUCCUCCAUCCAUGGCUCUCUCUCAGGUGAGACAUUACCGUUGAGCUCUGGGAACAAAAUCACAAUCAAGUUUACCACUGUGGGUCCAGAGACAAGCAAGGGAUUCCACUUUGUGUAUCAAGCUGUCCCCAGGACCAGUGCCUCGCAGUGCAGCUCGGUACCAGAGCCCAGGUUCGGGAAGCGUAUAGGGAAUGAUUUCAGCAUCGGCACCGCGGUGCUGUUUGAAUGCAAUCCGGGCUACGCUCUGCACGGCUCCUCCGCCAUCCGGUGUGAGGCUGUGCCCAACGCCGUGGCUCAGUGGAACGGCACUGUGCCCACCUGUGUAGUUCCCUGUGGAGGAGUGCUGACGUCUAGUAAAGGCACCAUCCUGUCCCCUGGUUACCCUGAGUCCUAUGCCAACUACCUCAGCUGUGUGUGGAGGGUCUCUGUGCCAGAGGGAGCAGGCAUCCAAAUCCAAGUCGUAACUUUUGCCACGGAACACAACUGGGACUCAUUGGACUUUUUUGAUGGCGUUGAUGGCAACGCUCCAAGGCUUGGCAGCUAUUCAGGUACCACCAUCCCCCAGCUCCUGAACAGCACCUCCAACAACCUUUACCUGACCUUCCAGUCGGACAUCAGUGUGUCUGCGGCCGGGUUCCACCUGGAGUACACAGCAAUAGGUUUGGAUUCAUGCCCGGAACCGCAACCCCCCCUCAACGGUAUCAAAGUGGGCGAGCGCUUCACCGUGGGCGAUAUGGUUUCCUUUCAGUGCAACCAAGGCUACUCCCUGCAGGGUAAUGAGUACAUAACAUGCAUGCCAGGCCCCGUCAGACGAUGGAAUCACCCUGUGCCUCUGUGCUUAGCUCAGUGUGGUGGCUCCAUGGCAGGCUACAGUGGGGUGAUCCUGAGCCCCGGCUUCCCAGGGAACUACCCCAGCAGUCAGGACUGCACCUGGGUGGUCCAGCUACCCAUCGGCUUCGGCAUCCACCUGCAGUUUCUUAACUUCUCCACUGAAGCUGUGCAUGACUACUUGGAGGUUCGGAGCGGCAGUCUGGAGACAGGCUCAGUGAUCGAUAGGUUCAGUGGUUCGGCGGUGCCCGGCUCUCUGUUCAGUACCACCCACGAGACCAGCUUCUUCUUCCACAGUGACUACUCCCAGAACAAACCUGGCUUCCACAUCGUCUAUGAGGCGUACGAGCUGCAGCGGUGCCCUGACCCGAGGCCGUUCCGUAACGGCGUGGUGAUAGGCGGAGACUUCGGCGUGGGCCUGACUAUCUCAUUUGAAUGCCUACCUGGGUACUCCCUGAUCGGAGAGGCGUCCCUCACCUGCCUGCACGGAAUAAGUAGGAACUGGAACUACCCCAUACCACGGUGUGAAGCAUUGUGUGGAGGUAAUGUCACGUCUAUGAACGGGACCAUCUACUCUCCUGGACACCCCGCAGAGUACCCCAACUUCCAGGACUGUUUUUGGAGCGUGAGGGCCCCCCCAGGGAAUGGCAUCUGCAUCAACUUCACCGUCCUCAACACUGAACCAAUAUAUGACUACAUCACUGUCUGGGAUGGCCCGGAGCAAGGCUCUCCCCAGAUUGGUCAGUUCAGUGGGAACACCCCACAGGAGGCAGUCUACACAACAGCCAAUCACAUCCUUAUCAAGUUCCACAGUGAUUUCAGUACCAGUGGCUUCUUUGUACUUAGUUACCAUGCUUACCAACUGAGAGUGUGCCAGUCUCCUCCAGCUGUUCCCAAUGCCGACAUCCUGACCGAAGAUGACAAGUUUGAAAUCGGGGACAUCAUCUGGUACCAGUGCCUGCCAGGGUUCACCCUGCUUGGCUCGGAGAUCCUGACGUGCCGGCUGGGGGAGAGGCUCCAGGUGGACGCCCCUCCACCUGUCUGCCAAGUACAAUGUCCGGCCAACGAGGUCCGCUUCGACUCCACCGGGGUGAUCCUGAGCCCAGGCUACCCGGACAGCUACCCCAACCUCCAGACCUGCUCCUGGCUCAUCAACGUGGAGAAGGGCUACAACAUCACCCUCCACUUCCAACUCUUCCAGACAGAGAAGGAGUUUGACAUCCUGGAAAUAUUUGACGGACCUAACAUUUACAGCCAGAGUCUGGCUUCGCUAAGUGGGGACAUUGCCACGCCCUUUAACCUCACAACCACAGGUCACCAGUUGCUGUUGCGCUGGUCCUCCGACCACGGUACCAACAGGAAGGGCUUCCACAUCAGAUAUGUGGCGAUGUACUGCAGCACCCCCGACUCCCCCCAGCAUGGCUUCGUCGUGAGCCAGACGGGCGGUCACCUGAACAGCGUGGUGCGCUGGGGCUGUGAUCGGGGCUACAGGCUCAUUGGAAAGGGCAUGGCCGUCUGUAAGAAGAUGACCUACGGCUAUUAUGCCUGGGACUCACCCGUCCCGGCGUGUCAAGCCGUGUCAUGUGGAGUGCCCACUGCCCCGUCGAACGGAGGUGUUCAGACGGUUGAUUACUCUGUGGGCACGCGCGUCACCUACUUCUGCAGCAGGGGCUUCCGGCUCUCCUCCAAGGAGCUCACCCACACCGUCUGCCAGCCGGAUGGCACGUGGAGCAACCACAACAAAAUCCCCCGCUGCACAGUUGUGGUGUGUCCCAGUCUGGGAUCCUUCUCCCUGGACCACGGGAAAUGGAGGAUAGUCAACGGGUCAACAUACGAGUUCGGGACCAAGAUCAUUUUCAGCUGUAACCCAGGUUACUACCGUCUAGGCCCCGCCCACAUCCAGUGUCUGGCCAACGGGGCGUGGAGCUGGCGGAGUGAAAGACCUAGAUGCAAAAUCAUUUCUUGUGGAGAGCUGGCCACUCCUCCUAAUGGGAAAAAGAUUGGAACUCAAACUACCUUUGGAGGCUCAGCAAUCUUCAGCUGUAACCCUGGAUACGUCCUGGUGGGAUCGACCGUGAGGGAGUGCAUGCUGUCCGGACUGUGGAGCGGCACAGAGACUCACUGCCUGGCUGGGCACUGUGGCAUCCCGGAGCAGAUCGUGAACGGCCAGGUGAUUGGGGAGAACUUCGGCUACCGGGACACGGUGGUGUAUCAGUGUAACCUGGGAUUCAGGCUCAUCGGAUCCUCCGUACGCAUCUGCCAGCAGGACCACCUGUGGUCCGGACAGCUGCCGCGCUGUGUCUCCGUCACAUGUGGUCACCCGGGCAGUCCUAUUUACGGCAGAACCACAGGGGACGGGUUCAACUAUAACGAUGUGGUCAGCUUCUUCUGCAACAAAGGCUACAUACUGGAAGGUCCCAGCAGGGCACAAUGCCAGGCUGACCGCCAAUGGAGUCACCAGCCUCCCAUGUGCAGAGUGAUGAACUGCACCGACCCGGGCAUCCCCGCCAACUCAAUCAGGGAGAGUAAAAUAGAGCACGGGAACUUUACCUUCGGCAGUGUGGUGUUCUACGACUGUAACCCCGGUUACUACCUGUUCGGCUCGUCGGUGCUCACCUGUCAGCCCGCUGGAGAAUGGGACAAACCGCUACCUGAGUGUCUUGAGGAGGAUUGUGGGAACCCUGGCGGUGCGCCCUACAGCACCGUGACCGGUGACAAGUUCUCCUUUGGCUCCACGGUCCAGUACUCCUGCUCUGGAGACAGGCGGCUCAUCGGAGCAGCCACCCUCACCUGUCAACUGAACGGACACUGGAGCGGACCCAUCCCUCACUGUUCAGGAGAUUCGGCAGGUAGCUGUGGGGAUCCCGGCACACCAGCCCACGCUAGCAGAGAGGCGAGCAGUUUCCAGCAACGGAGCAAAGUGCGGUUCACCUGCGCAGCGGGCCACACGCUGUACGGCUCGGCUGAGCGGAUCUGCUUCCCCAACGGAACCUGGUCCGGGAGACAGCCUUACUGCAAACCGGUGCACUGUGGUAAUCCGGGGACCCCUGCUCACGGCCAUAUUUUCCGGGUGGACGGCACAACCUUCUCACACUCUGUAGUCUACUCCUGCAGGGAUGGAUACCUCCUCUCGGGCACGCCCACCAGACACUGUCUAGCCAAUGGGACGUGGUCCGGCUCGGCUCCUAACUGCACCAUGAUCAGUUGUGGAGACCCAGGUGUUCCUGCUAAUGGUCUGAGGAUUGGGGAGGACUUCACUGUAGGCCAGAACAUCACCUUCAUGUGCCAACCAGGAUACCUGAUAGAGACGGGCGGGUCCACCACAAGCACCUGUACACAGAACGGCACCUGGAGUGCCAUUAUACCUGUCUGCAAAGUGGUGACCUGUCCUCCGCCUCCGCACAUCCACAACGGGCUGCUGGAGGGGUCCGUGUUUGAGUGGGGGACCAGCGUGAGCUACAGCUGUGUGCCUGGCUACGAGCUGUCCUUCCCGGCCGUCCUCACCUGCGUGGGACUUGGCUCCUGGAGCGGGGAUUUGCCUCAGUGUCUGCCCAAGUUCUGUGGGGACCCGGGUUCCCCGGCCAAUGGGAAGAGAGAAGGACUCAGCUUCAUCUACAGGUCCGAGGUGACGUUUAGUUGUGGCGCCCCCUACAUCCUGGUUGGCCCGACUACACGCGUGUGUCAGAAGGACAGCACCUGGAGCGGCUCCCAGCCCCGAUGCAUAGAACCCUCUCGGACUGCCUGUGAGAACCCCGGGACACCGGAAUACGGCUCUGUGAACAUCAGCCAGGGCUUCAAGGUGGGCAGUAAGGUGGAAUUCCACUGCCAGCAGGGCCACCUGCUCCAGGGAUCCACUACCCGGUUCUGUCUGCUCGACCUGACCUGGACUGGCUCCCAGCCAACAUGCGUCCCACACUCCUGUAAGCAGCCCAGGUCCCCCCCCAAUGCAGACGUGGUGGGCAUGGACCUGCCACUGUACGGCUACACUCUGCUGUACUCCUGCCAGCCUGGCUUCGUCCUGUCCGGGGGCUCAGAACACCGGGUUUGCCGCUCCGACGGAAGCUGGACUGGGAAAGUCCCCAUCUGCAGAGGGGGCCACAAGCUGACCGAGAAGCCUAGUAAGCCCGUACAAGGAACACCGAACCCUAAAAUACAUGUGCCAGAUGACAUAUUUGCCCCUGAUUUCAUAUGGAGAGGAUCCUAUGAUUAUAAGGGCCAGAAACAACCAAUUACUUUGACAAUCACUAGCUUUAAUACCACCACGGGAAUUGUAAAUGUGACGCUGAGUGAUGGCAACGUCGAGUUCCUGCUCUCUGGAGUGUAUAAGAGCCAUGAGGCACGGUUAAUGCUCCUGCUCUACCAUAUGAAAGCCCUGGCCCACAGCACAUACACCCGGGUCACAGAGGAGUCCUGGGCCAUGGAUGGCUUCGUCUCAGCUGAACCCGACGGUGGCGGUUACGUUUUCCAGGGCUUCAUACGGGGGAAAGACUACGGCCAGUUUGGAGUGCAGAGAAUAGGUAUGAACGCGAGGGAGCCCAACAUCACUACUCCGGACACUCCUCACAGUACCAGCAGUCGCUCUGUGGCCGUGGCCAUCCUGGUGCCCUUCUUUGCCCUGAUCUUUGCGGGCCUGGGCUUCUACCUCUACAAAGAGCGGAAAACCGACAAAGCCCAGUACACAGGCUGUUCCGUCCACGAGAACAACAAUGGCCAGGCUACAUUCGAGAACCCCAUGUACAACAGCAACACCAAGACAGCCGAGGGGAAGGUGGUCCGCUUUGACCCCAACCUCAACACUGUCUGCACCAUGGUUUGAGGGCGCUCGUGUCCAAACCGGCCCGUGUCUAGAGGACGUGUGUGCACGUGGCCGAAUGCACCGUAUUCUGAGGUUGUGUGACGUAUCCCGGUAUGAGGCACCAUGACAACUGCACCGCGGGUCAGAUGAUGGUGAUGUUCAGUGUGCGUGUGUGUGUGUGUGUGUGUGCGCCCAGCAGAAAGUUCAGAAUGCUCAUUCUUGGUUUUUUCAAAACAUGGACGUCUCUCUUUGUCUCUCUCUGCGACACAUUUCUGAUGACUGCACAUCACCCCCUCAGAAACCCUAAAGAAAAGCACACUUUCAGGAACACAGAGGCUGGUUAUACGGGUGGGUGGAUGGUUGGGUUGGCGAGCCGUGCUCUGAUGAGAUUGUCUCCUUUUAAAAUGAAUCUUUACCGGAUUGGUGAAGUUAUUCCUACACUCUGAGAGUGUUACUUUAUGAGUAAUACCCUCUAACAUCUUGGUAGACGGAGCCCUGUUACGCUCUGGUUAACUCAAAAGGUGGAGUAUUGUUAAGCUACAGCCAAACCAAAUGAAACCCCAGUGAUGUUCAGCUGUGGUUUUCAGACCUGAGUUCAGUAACUGUUUGAAACAUUAAAAAAUAAACAGCAUUUGCUCCAGUCUGAUUCAGAGAGUGAGGAGGUUGGGGGUAAAACCCCUUUGUCCACUAAGUACAUUAACACAUACCCACUGUAUUAGUUCACUGAGUGUAAGGCUGUUGUUAGUGGAAGACGACACUUAGAAACAGAAUGCACUUCAGAGAGAAGACGGCACAAAAUCCACGUAUGUCACCAAUAUGUAACAAUUAGGUGUUAUACCCUAAGUGGGGGUGAAGGAAUGCAAGCAAGUAGGGAAACGGACAGAGUUCUGGGAAUAGUAUAGUGUUGGUAUUUAAUUUGCAGUUAACAGUCGGGAGGUGUCUGAAUGUGGCUUGUGUAGUCCUAUUAGUCUUUUUAGGGCAAAUGGUCGCAAAACAGGAAAAUAAACUUUUCAGAUGGCAGCAUUUUUUUGGGGUUGGGAGGGGUCAGGAAUGAUUUUGCCUGAACGCAUUCUAGACCUUCAGUCAUUUGGGACCUGGAUGGGGAGCAGGGGUUAGUCAGUUGGGCUUGAUGUGGGCCAGAUAAUGGCUUGUGGUUUGCCUUAUUCCAUAGGUUUAUUUGCCAUAAGCAAGCUGAAUUAAGUAUUUUAAAUUAUAUAACAAUAAAGUCUUUAAAGUUAUAUUGGUUUGGCUUUAUUGGUAAUUAAAUGCGUAGUUUAUUUUGAGCACGACGAUACAUAAAAAUACUUUAUGAUACAAAAUAUUUCUUGAGCUCAGGUCUGCUUCUAUAGUUAGCUCCCAAAGUAGUAUUCAUAUCCUCUCUCUGCAUGGCUAGGUAUAACUCCCCUGGAUCUGAUUAGAAACGUCUUUCAGUCUAAGUAGCUCUCUAAGUUGCUCUCAGCUGUGAGUCGAUCAAAGUGAUCUGUGCUGUUCAUUUUCCUCCGCCGCGUGAUGUCAGAGGGAGACAGGGAAACAAGAAAGACCGUCUCUCUCUUUGAAUACUGCGCUACACUGUCACUGUUCUGUCACAGUUGCUGCUCCAGAAUGCCAAUUAUACGGAAUUUCACCCCUCGGCCAAUUAUAAUUUAGAUUGGCUGCGUCAUUUGUCUGCCCCCUGACUGAAUUCUGUGGUAUAAUCAAAGGACAGUGUUUUCCUGACGCCAUGAUGGAAAUGUUUCUUCACUGUUUUCAGGUAGUGCUUUUUUGGUUUCAGCUGGGUGUGACUUCAAGUCAAAACAUCUGACAUCCAAUUCCAAAUGGCACCCAAAUGGCAGGUUGGUGGGGCACUAACUAGAGAAUAGUGUACGACUAAAUGGCGAGCUGCCCUGCAUUUCCUGUGGACAUUGAAUGGCAUGAAUUGAUGUUGUGUUCUUGUGAUCUCCCCCCCCCCCCCCCCCC